AUGUUGGUGGGCAAGAUGGAGGAGGGGCCGUGUCAUUUUGAUGCUAAAUUCUUCGUUAUUGCCUUUGCUGUGAUCGCAGCUGCCUCGGCGGCCUCCAUUGCCACGGAUUACCUGCCGCCAGUGGACAACAACCUCGAAGCUGCCUCCGAUCUCGUGGAGCUGCCCGCCGAGCAGGGAGUUCUCUCCGACGAUGGAUACCGCUACAAGACCGUGCGCCGCCUGAAGUUGCGCCACCGUCGUGAUGUGAACGAGCUCCCCUCCGGUGAAUACCUGCCCCCCGUGGAGGAGUCCGCCUCCGAGGCUGUUGCUGUGGAGACUCCCCUGGCUGAUGAUGGCUACCGCUACAAGACCGUCCGUCGUGUCAUCCGUCGUCGUCGUGAUGUCUCCGAGCUCUCCCCCGAAUACCUGCCCCCCGUUGAGGAGUCCGCCUCCGAGGCUGUUGCCGUCGAGACUCCCCUGGCUGAUGAUGGAUACCGCUACAAGACUGUCCGCCGUGUGAUCCGUCGUCGUCGUGAUGUCUCCGAGCUCUCCCCCGAAUACCUGCCCCCCGUUGAGGAGUCCGCCUCCGAGGCUGUUGCUGUGGAGACCCCUCUUGCUGAUGAUGGCUACCGUUACAAGACCGUCCGCCGUGUGAUCCGUCGUCGUCGUGAUGUCAACGAGCUGCCCUCCGGCGAGUACCUGCCCCCUGUUGAGGAGUCCGCCUCCGAGGCUGUUGCCGUCGAGACUCCCCUGGCUGAUGAUGGAUACCGCUACAAGACCGUCCGCCGUGUGAUCCGUCGUCGUCGUGAUGUGAAUGAGCUGUCCGCCGAAUACCUGCCCCCCGUUGAGGAGUCCGCCUCCGAGGCUGUUGCCGUCGAGACUCCCCUGGCUGAUGAUGGAUACCGCUACAAGACCGUCCGUCGUGUGAUCCGUCGUCGUCGUGAUGUGAAUGAGCUGUCCGCUGAGUACCUGCCCCCUGUGGAGGAGUCCGCCUCCGAGGCUGUUGCUGUUGAGACUCCUCUGGCUGAUGAUGGCUACCGCUACAAGACCGUCCGUCGUGUCAUCCGUCGUCGUCGUGAUGUCUCCGAGCUCUCCCCCGAAUACCUGCCCCCCGUUGAGGAGUCCGCCUCCGAGGCUGUUGCCGUCGAGACUCCCCUGGCUGAUGAUGGAUACCGCUACAAGACUGUCCGCCGUGUGAUCCGUCGUCGUCGUGAUGUUUCCGAACUGUCCCCUGAGUACCUGCCCCCUGUGGAGGAAUCCGCUUCCGAGGCUGUUGCUGUGGAGACUCCCCUGGCUGAUGAUGGCUACCGUUACAAGACCGUCCGUCGUGUGAUCCGUCGUCGUCGUGAUGUCUCUGAGCUGCCCUCCGGCGAGUACCUGCCCCCCGUGGAGGAGGCCGCCUCUGCCAUCAUUGAUGUGCCCGCCGAGCAGACCGUCCUGGCCAGCGAUGGCUACCGCUACAAGACCGUCCGCCGUCUGAAGCUCCGUCGCCACUAA